UUUCCCGCAGAGGAAAAUGAGAUUAGGGGAGGAGACUGCUGUGCCCAUAAAGCCUCUCAGCAGAGCAGUCCACAGUGGAUUUAGACACGUGAAUAGUUGUGUUCUUUAACUCGCAAUUUGCUAUCAUCUCAUGUUAUAUUUUGUUGUUUGAGCAAUUAUCGAAGCCAAUCAGUGGGAGAUUGCGUGUCCUUCAGCUUCAUGAUGUGACCACUGGCUGCGCUUUUUACGCACCAUGGAGGACUUUUUACGCGCGGACGACACCCGGAUCCAAAACGCGUCGUGGGCCAGAUGGCGUGCGUUUGAGAACGGGAGUCACUCCGCCAACAACACCGUAAACCCUUUAAAACGAAAUGACGAAGUGGCUAAAGCGGAAGUGGCCGUACUGGUGCUGGUGCUGCUCCUCGCGCUCACUGGCAACCUGUGCGUGCUAUGGGCCAUCCGCGCCGCCAAGACGCGCCAAUCUCGGAUGCUCUACUUCAUGAGGCACCUGAGUAUCGCCGACCUGGUGGUGGCCGUCUUCCAGGUUCUCCCGCAGCUCAUCUGGGACAUCACGUUCCGCUUUUCCGGGCCGGACGUGCUGUGCAGGCUGGUGAAGUACGCGCAGGUGGUGGGCAUGUUCGCGUCCACCUACAUGCUGGUGCUGAUGUCCAUCGACAGGUGCUUGGCCAUAUGCCAGCCACUCCGACCAUUGCGCAGGGGACGGGAUCGUGUGUGCGUGGGCACGUCAUGGCUGCUAAGUCUGAUCUUCAGCGCGCCUCAAAUGUACAUCUUCUCCCUGCGAGACGUCGGGAACGGCGUGUACGACUGCUGGGGGGACUUUGUACAUCCGUGGGGCGCAAAAGUGUACAUAACAUGGAUGACCCUCAGCAUCUACAUCCUUCCUGUGGGCGUCCUGAGCGUGUGCUACGGCCUCAUUUGUGUCCAAAUCUGGCAAAACUUUAACCUGAAAACUAGGAGGGAGGACGUUUUGGCUUCGUCAUCCAAAGACGCACGUCACCUCUGUCGGGUGAGCAGCGUCAGGCUCAUCUCCAAAGCCAAGAUUCGCACAGUGAAAAUGACUUUUGUGGUGGUGCUGGCUUACAUCGUAUGCUGGACCCCAUUUUUCUUUGUCCAGAUGUGGUCCGCGUGGGAUGAUGCGGCUCCACGAGAAGACACAGCCUUCAUCAUCGCCAUGUUGCUGGCCAGUCUGAACAGCUGCUGUAACCCUUGGAUCUACAUGUUCUUCGCCGGUCACAUGUUCCAAGGUGUGACAAGCGGUUUCUUCUGCUGUCGAUGCUAUGUGGCGGAAUCCUUGAGCAGUCGCCAUCACAACACGGCCAUCAAGAAGGACAGCAACCACAAACGCUUCUCGCACUCGUCUAGCACAGGGGAGUCGGCCCACUGAGACGUCGUCUUCAAUGGCACGUCAUUACUUCAGCAGUCUCAAUGGAAAAAUACUUUCCAAACUACGAGAGAAUUUUUCAUGGCUACUUGUUGGUAAGCGAAAAUGAGAUCUUGCCCCAAGAACAAUUGAGCCACCGAGAAAUAGUGGGCCAACUCCAUUUUUAUCAUUUUAGAGUGAUUCAGCUCUUAUGACCACAUGGGGGGGAUGCUUGUAUUACAGAAGUUCUGGAUCUCAUCAGAUUUGGGCUUUUUGCCAGAAACCGCGACUUUGAUUUUGAUUAAACAUAAGUACACUUUUAUCCAUAUACGGUCGGGUACUGUCAUCAUCUAGGCUACCUGAAGGACAAGAAACAAACUGGGGUUAAACAAAAGAGUCUAUUAACCCUAACUCUAAUCUCUAAAUACAUUCACUUAAAUGAACAUGCACUCAAGACGAACUAUGCAUUGAAUAUAAAAUAUGUAUUAGACUUUUUUUUCAAUCCACUGCACCACCG